AUGCCCCCCUAUGGCCGCAUCCUGUCUCUCGACGACUUCCACAAGAGGACCGCCCAGUUUGCUACCCAGGCCAAAAUCGACGUCUUGUCAGGGCAAGCGGAUGCGACGGUCGAGCAAAAAGUUCCAGAAGAAUACCGCCUAUCCCCAAGUCCGGUGAUCAACAACAACCAAAACAACAACACCAACCCCGACAAGAUGCUGGCCGCUAGAAGAAGGGCUAGUAUAAUGUAUGAUAAUGAGAGCUCAACCUCAGAGGAAAUGGUAGAAAACGAGGUAGAUACCGAACCGGAGGCUGCUGUUCCGCAACCAACUCAGCCUGGAGCUCAAGUUCAGAGGACGACAGCUCAACUCCAAAACCGGACCCUCAGCCAAGUGAUGAGCGAGGAGGACAGCGAUAGGUCGAGCGCCGAUUCCGGGGUGGUACAAGGGACACCAGCUCCUCCGGCCACUACAACUCUAGCCACGAUCGCCUCCAGAAGCGACACGACCGUCGACCACAACCGAUUUAUUGCCUUGGCUGACUGGACCGGCGAUGAAGAAGGAGAUUUGGCGAUCAAAAAGGGCGAUCUGUUGAAGAUUCUGGAGUUACGGGCUGAUGGCUGGUGGAAAGCCGUUAAUACCCUUGGCUUUGUUGGGAAUGUUCCGAAGACCUUCCUAAAACAUUUCGAUCCGACGGAUGUCGGGCCUAGUGAGCAUUUAGCGGUGCGAAAUCUAAAUCCACCGCCCGAACCUGAUCCAGUGCCGCAACGUCAACCAGUGCGGCCUGUCGGUGUACCAAAAAUUCAGAUCCCCGCUCCUGGCAAGCCGAGCUGUCUGGGCGAAGCACUUGCCCAAGACGUUCACCUGACAGGCAGCUGCCACUUAGCGCCUCGACUCAGCCGCUCCAACCUCGCUUUUCACGACAUCUAUUGGAAUUUUGAGGCGGAUAAGCUCCAAAAACGUGAGGUAUCCGUCGUCAAGCUGGUGCGACUCGUUCGUAUAGAUGGAAUGGAGAAACGUCCUUCAAAAGCUCAUCUCGUCCGGAUCGCCCUCAUCGACUUGUCGAAGACGACGGGCAGGCAGAUUGUAAGCAACGUUCACACCAUCAUGGCGAGCAACAAAAAUGGGACUUGGACUUUCUCGAAUCGGCAAGACGGCUCUCACGAUAUUUUCCAUUUCUCGGACGUGAUCGUUCGUUCGAAUUAUAAAUCUCCAGAGGUUGCACUGUUGAUUGAGGCUUCGAUAAUUGAGGACAAUGAGUCAACAGGCCACCCCGAAGAGAUAUCUGUCGGCGUCGCCAAAGUGCCCCUCAUCUACAACCAAGUUAAUGGCACCAGAUUGGCUAAUCGCACCUAUACAGAAAUAAUGCUCCGUGAGAAUGUUUUCAACCGGAACGGGCCAGGGAUCCGUACGGGGAGUCAAAUCGUCUUCAGGGUCACCGACGUGCCAAUGGACUUGGUGCCGUAUGUGGACUCCCUUCCCGACGUCCUGCUCCUACCCCCACAGUUCGCCCGGCUGACGUUCUUCUACCGUAGACGGCUCGGAGAAGCUCUAUUAAGAGACCGGGAACGUCGCGAUACCUCAGAACUCCUCUACGACCCGUUCCUCGCCUCCUUUCCCCGGGCUUUCGACCAGUCCGACCUCCUGGAAUAUUGCCGCCGAGCUUUCCAACCAAAGCAUAACCAGAUUGCCAAGAAAUCCGAAUCCGAGCAGUUGAACACGUUCUUCUCGUACUUUAUGGAGACCGCGUUUGUGCUGCUCGACAACCCGCGGCUGCCGCCGUUCAGCCACUGGGAUAUGCGGGCGAUAAUGGCCAGGCACCAACUCAUCGAAGAGCACGCCCAAUCAGUCCUGGAAAACAAGGGAAACGUGCAAUUCCUCUUGACGCACCCCUCAAGACCUAUCGAUGUCUUUGCAUAUGCUGUCGAUCCAAUGGGGCGCCAUGCCAUUGAU